AUGACAGCAACAAGGAGCGAUCGCCAGGGUUUCGUUCUGGUCCCCAGUUCCGAGCUUGUCGGAGACACGGAGGAGCUGGUGUUUGAAAAACAUGAGGAUAUAACUCCGCGAAACUCUCGAUUUCCAGAAAUUACAGAAGUUACGCGGGGCAAUCAAGAACUACCAACAGCUAUUAACAUAACUUGGUCUUCAAUAAAUUUUAAAACUAUACUACAGUGGCAACCAAAACCAUCAGGUUACUUUUAUACAGUGGAAAUACACGGGCAGACAUCUGACACCAAAAAAAAAUGCAUACUGACAAGAGAAACAGAGUGUGAUGUUACUGAUGCACUCAGGAAUGUAAAAGAGACCUACACAGCACACAUACUGUCUGUAACAUCCUCGGGGAUGGAUAACUUUGAAGAACCACCUUAUGCAGUCUCUGAAAAAUUUACACCUUAUAGUCAGACUGUUCUCGGAAAACCGGAGAUACAGAAUUACACACAAAAAGGUUCCAAACUGAAUGUUGUGUUAAAAGACCCUCUUACACCAUAUGCAUUUCCUAAUGGAAGCUUUCAAAGUAUUCGAGAUAUUUUCCAAAAUGACCUGGAAUACAAACUCUAUUACUGGAAAGAUCAAAGUUCUGGAAAGAAAGAUGCAGUAACAAAAAGCCAUAGUUUUGAAGUGAGCGUUGACAGUACAAAGAACUAUUGCUUCUACAUACAGGGAAACAUUCCCUCCCGCAGAGAAAACCGUAACGGCCAAGAAAGCAUGGUGCUUUGUACCAGUGUAGGAAGAAACAUCUUGGAUGAAUACGGAGCAGAAGUCUUUAUCAUCAUAGCAGUGAUAGCAAUUGCGGUCAUCACUCUUGCCGUUGUCCUGUCAGUGGUCCUGUGUAAACGCAAGAAAGCAAAAGCUGCAAGAGAAAAGGAACCACUUAAUGGUGUCUAG